UGGUUUUUGUCAUUUUGUUGACUGGUUUUGACCAGUUUUGGGCAGUGUUUUACCCGUUGGGUUUGGGUUGGUCAACGAAAAGUCAAAACCGGUUAGGUUUUUGUUGGUUUGUUGACUGGUUAUGACCAGUUUGGGUUGGUUUUUUACCGGUUGGGUUCGGGUUCAAACCGGUUUCAAAAGAGAGGGUUAGUGGUGCAAGUUCUUGCUGGCGUUUACACCAUUUGAGAUGGUGUAAGCUACGUGUAACGGUGUAAGCAACUUUGAUGCUAGCUAAGCAUAAAACCCUGUGAGCCUGCAAGUGAUUCUUGCAUACCAUAACGGAGAACACAACUUAGAGAACAUUGAAGGUUUGAUGAAGAAUAUGUGCCUGUUGGGGCUUCUUCUGGUUCUUGUGAUAGCUGGAGAAGUGAAUGGAGCGCGUGAGUGCGGGAGAGCAAACCCUGAUAUGGAAGCAAUCAAGCUUGCCCAUUGUGCAUCGGCUGCACGAGAUGAGAAGGCCUCGGUUUCUGGCAGCUGCUGUGCUGCGGUGAGGAAGUUGGGCCAGAACCCGAAAUGCCUUUGUGCUGUUAUGUUGUCUAACACUGCCAAGGCUUCUGGGGUGAGGCCGGAGAUUGCAAUGACCAUUCCGAAACGGUGCAAUAUAGCUGAUCGUCCUGUUGGUUAUCAAUGUGGAGCUUAUACAUUGCCAUGAAAACUUGAGGGCUGCCUACUAGUUUCGAAGGAAAUUCUACCAGUGAGUUUGAAGUGUAUCUUGUGCAACGCUUGUUUUGGUGGAAAGGAAUUUGCUUUAAAUGUUUUUGCUUUGGACAUUGGAACGCGUUGGAGAGAUCAUUGAAGAUAAAAUCAUGAGUUUGAGGUUUAGGAAGAUGUUAGAUAGAUACUUAAAAUAACCGUAUCAAGGUUAUGCAGAAAAAAGCAACACAGCGGUUUCAUACACGCGGAGGUCUGAAACAACCUGCAUUUGAACCCCUAGUCACUGCAACAGGGGCCCGCCGGCCCGGUGUAGUUUGCAGGUAUGUCGCUACCACAAGGCCAGCGAAAGACGACCUCCAUCCGUAGAUACAACAUGCAUUCUUCUUUAACAGUGGCGGAACCUUGCUAGGGCGAAACCUCAAUCAAGCGAGAUCUGCGGGUCAAGCGAAACUGCAUGGCACCUUUCGCGUGAAACAAUUAGAAGACAAGCGAAACCUACAACAUGGGCGGUGGAAGGAAUUUCUUUGAGUAGGGUGUGAAGGGGAUGAAACAGCACACACACAAUGGGGUGAUUCCGGAUUAGUUUUAUUAGGUUUUUACAUUUCAGCUUAAUCUCUCUCGCACUUAAGCUUGCGGGGGAAUAUUAGAUCAGAAUGUAAUUGAGUAAUGGUGUAGAAAAUGAACUUGUAAUUUGGUGGUAUAUAUAAACCCACCUUAUGUAUCCCUACAACACAACAAUCUAAUACAAUCUACAAUAUUUGGUUUG